GCCCCCUCAGAGAAGCAUCAUGAAUUCCUUUCUGAGUAAACGGUCAUAUGAUCACAGUCAGACGGAAGGAAUAUCAUAGUGGAUCUGCGCUCUUCAAAAGCCAGCAGGAAUCACAAGACCAGAAUCAUGACCACCAAUGCAAAUAUGCAAAGUAUAAUCAUUCUGCAACAUGCUGGUCCACAAAAUGUUCAGUCAAUGGAACCUCAAGAAGAACGAAGAAACUAUGUGCCAGCUGAUAUGCCCAAACCCCUCGUAAAAUUUUUCAAAGGAGAACCUGAGGUUCUUGGGGUGACCCAGUUGUUUACAGGAAUAAAUUCCAUUUUCUUUGGCAUCAUCUUAACCUUGAUGUAUCACGAGAAACCAAGCUAUUACAUAAGCGCUGCGGUUAUCACUGGUGUCUGUUUUUGGUCUGGAGUUGCGUAUAUAAUUUCAGGAUCUCUAUCAAUUGCUGCUUCCUGCAAGCCAUCUUUGGGCAAGGUGAAUGCGAGUUUAGUUCUUAACAUAAUCAGCUGCGUAACUAUUGUGCCUUCAGUGGUAAUAUUUGCUAUAUUUCUUUCUGAAGUCUCAAGUAUUGGUUACCGUUAUAGCUAUACCUAUAGUUCCAAUUCCAGUUCCAGUUCCAGUAAUAACUACUGCGCGUAUCACAAGCAAAGUCAAACAUGUGAAGGGGAGUUUGCGCUACAGAGUAUCCUACUAGGCGUUGGAGCCAUCCUUUUACUCUUUACCGCUCUGGAGUUCUGUAUUGCUUUGUCUACAUCUGUCUUUGGAUGCAAAACUACGUGUAGGACAUCAUACAAUGACACGGCGGUGGUCAUCUAUCAUACUACUACUGUGAAUGACUCGAAACCUGCAUUGGCUUAAGAUGGAGAAGUCAAAAGUCAUUGAAUGCUUUACACCAACCUCUAUAAAUAAAGUGAAGACAAUAUACAAUAUAUAACCUGGGCUCGUAUGCCUUACCUGUUGCUUCAUUGAGUGAGGGUUUAUAAUCUCUUGUAAAAUCACAUCAACCACAAAUAACCAAAAAUGUAAAUCAAUGUGAAGUAUUGUAAUUGUAAAUUACUCUGACCUGCCAAAUUGUUGUGUCCUCAAAACAGAAACAUAUUCAGUUGUCAGUAUAGGAAUGACUGACCUGCUGGUCUACAGACUACCAUUGACUGCAUCUAAGUAAUGGCAUCAUACAGAGACCGCAUAGUAAUUCCACACAGUACCUAAUAAAAUGCAUUAUAUAGCACCUAAAUAAAUAGACGCCAGGGCUAGUGCUGGUCAUAUGUCAUAGGGGAAGCAAGGACUUUUGGUCCCUGAAUUGUUUUAUACGUAGUGCAUUGAACAUUGGAAGUUUGAUGAAAAAUUGUGGAAUGUAAACCUAACCCUAGUCCUAUAACUCUGAUAUCUGUUUGUGAACGUAUCUAACAAGUUCCAUGUAUUUACCUGUAUUGCCAUGGAUGGAAUAUUGCUUAUUUAACAUUUACAUUUUAUUCACCUUUUUCCAAAAUGCACUUAAUAGAUGUGCCACUGCAGUACAGGCCUUGUCAGGUGCCAUAUGUAUGUAUGUAGAUAUCCCCCAUCCCCCUGAAAGA